GAUAGUCACGGUCGCCAUGUGGUAUGUUCGAUUUUGGGUCGGUUGUCAUGUAAUUGGCGUUGGCCAGGGUGGAUUUCAAACAUCGUUAAGGAAGGUCAUCGUUUGCCGAAUUAAGCAGAACUGAGGUGGAUACUGUUUCGAAGCGGACUUUCAAUACUCGAUCGUCCAGGCGAUCAUAGAAACCUUUAGGAGGUUUCCCUUACUGAAAACGUUGGAGUUUAGAGGCCUUACCUUGGGUUGGGGGACAUAAGUAAACUCUUUAAAUGAGAAGUCGAUAGAUGUUGGAUGGGCAUAGUCCUAUCCUGACAGUCCGAACGAAUCUUACCUGCCAUGAUCGGAGUUGGUUUUAUUUAUACUCAAAAGAAGUUAAGGGUAUCGCACAAUUGGCUUCCGGGUUGUAUGUUGGAAAGUUAUUGUUUACACUAAGCUAGUUACGUUGGUCUUUUGUUGACAAAAACAAUGGUUCUUGUCACUAAGUUCCUGUUUUGGGUUUAAUGCUUAUACUGUUCCUGCUUUGAGUUAUAAUGCAUAAACUGCUCCUGCUUAUGUUGUACGUUUCGGUUGGUUCUGAUAAGUGUGUCACAAUUGUUUUUAUAUGAACUGUGUGGCCUGAAUUCCUCUGGCUGCGUUGUUAUGGUAUGAUCUGAUUUGCUGAGUGUGUUAUAAUGAAUGUAUUCCAAUGGUAUGAUUUGGCUUUCCGAAGUGUGUUACAAUGUGUCUAUAGCUGAUAGUGUAUAUUAUAAUAAGUUCUGUAUAGCAGAUAUGCUACACACGUCCUGAUACGUACACAAACCAAUAAUUGGCCAAUUGCAACGACGGUUCAUUCAGCCUCUAACAUAUUACAGAAUGCAGAAUUUAAAGCAUUAUCACAAGCCCAUAUCGAUCCUGGAACUGAUCAUAACCACGUACCGGUCCUGGAACCUAUUAUUUACUCAAACUGGUCCUGGAACUGAUCAUAAACCCAUACCGGUCCUGGAACCUAUCAUGAACUCAAACCGGUCUUGGAACUGAUCAUGAACCCAUGAACCCAGGAACUGUUGCCGAAAUCCCCAUUUCAUUCUGGCUAAUUUUGCAGUUCGUAUCGCCUUUUUUGGACUUGCGUGAGAGCUUUUCCUAUGCAAUUUCCAUUUACAUUUCAGCAACUUCCUAUAGUUCUAGGAUGAAUAAUCGUUUGCUUUUCCAGAAGAUACAAGUUUAAUAAUGACGUUUUAAAUAAUUUUUGUUCUUCAUACACCAAUAAUUCGACAGCUUUUAAUUUACGAAAAAAAAUCUUUUCAGGGAGAUUUUUAAUUUCAAUAGCAAUCACUUAAAACGUAUCACUUCAAAAAUUUAGACCCCUAUAAUCGAUCAACGGACUGCUCCAGGCUCGUCUUAGUCCUUAGAUAUGUAUGCGGAGUAGAUGUGUACACUCUAAUUUAUGAAUAAAUUUAGAGCUUUUGUGCGUGUUUUCGCUUUAUGAGCUUAUUAUAAUUAUAGUGCUGGUGGGUAGAGGCUGUAAGAGCUCGCCAACAAUUACAUCCACUUUCAUUCAAUAAUGCAAUCGUACACUCGUGUUCUGCUAAACCAUUGUUUAAUUAUUCAUGUAUUCACCUUCCCCGUAGUACAUGGUCCAUAAAGAAAAGUUCAUCCCUCUCUGAAAGUAGACAUAUAAUAUGAUCCAUCAUGAAACCUACACCGCUCAGUACCGUUUCUUAGCCGCACGCGAGUACAUUGCAAUCAUGAACAUUUCACCUGCGCCGGGAAUAUUUCAACCCAAGCCGGUUCGUGUUUCGCAGCUACCGCGCUAUCGAAACCGCCAACAAAACAGAACAACCUUCGGCAAAGCCAAGGGAAUUGGUCAGCUCGUGUGGGAUGCUGUACGCGAUACGUUCUACGACUUUGCGUCCAUGUCCAAAAUCCAUGGCAUGUACUAUCUGCAGCGACAGGUUACAACCGGAUUCGUGCGACUGCUUUGGAUCGCCAUCAUAGUAGCCUUUUUCGUCUUCGGCAUCGUACUGAUCUACCUGCUGUGGCAGAAGUUUGUCGAUUCGCCGACGCGUAUGACGAUUGCGUCCGAGAUGAAGAUCGUACAAGUUCCCUUUCCCGGCAUAACCCUGUGCCAUCCCCAGAGUGUGGUCGACUAUAAGGCGGAACGAUUCGUAGAAAAGAUCAAACUGCCUCUCGGUGCGACGAAAGAAUCGGUGCUCAAAAAUCUACCUUCGCUGGGCUAUUUCACCGAGCAUCAGUGGACCUUUCCCAGGCCGCAAGACUUGCGGAUGAUUGACAACGUGCUGCAGCUGAACAACUACACCAUCGAGCAGGCCAUCGAUGAGCUGGGCAUGAUUUGUGAGGAUUUCAUACUGGUGUGCUACUGGGCGGGCAAGCAGUUCCCCUGCUUUGCCAAACACGCAUUCCUCGGGUGGAUAGGUUCCACGAGCCAUUACGGUGCAUGCUGCUCCUUCAACUAUCACCCCAACGUGCGCGGAAACAAGGACCCGUUCGUUGUCAAUACGUACGGCAUGCACGGGGGCCUGAGCGUCAUCGGCACCGGCUACCCGCAGGCAUCGGACGGCAAAUCUGGGGCACUCUACUCGGAAGGCUUUAUGCUCAUGAUACACCAUCCGCACGAUUUCGCCGUCGAGGCGUCUCCACUUACCUUGAUACGCUUGGGUAAGGAGACGUUCGUUAAUGUUCUACCGACGGACUCGCGCUGCUCGGAGCAGGUCCUAGCACUACCGCAAAGCCAGCGAGAUUGUAUCGUCGGGAGCGACUUCACUCCGCCGAUCGAAAGGUACCGCCAGCCAGCAUGCACGCUCGAAUGCUUGCGGAACGAGGUGCACCGCAAGUGCGGAUGCCAUCCGUUCCAUCUGCCCCGACCGAUGGUCGGUCCUAAUGGGCAGGGUAUUAGAAACUGCACUGUCUACGAUUCGAUGUGUUUUGUAGAAAAUUACUAUAUGUUUAAAAGAUUGCAAUGCAAUUGCCUACCGUCGUGCAGUGAUGUGACUUACAAAACGGCCUCGAUUGUUUCCAACUUUUCUGCCUACAACUUUUCGAUUAAUCCGUUUUAUAAAGAAACGAAUCUCACCGAUUUUGAGUUCAUUUUCCACAUCUUUAUGAGCAAUCAGGUCGUGGCAGCCAACAGAAGAAUUGUCGUUGUGUCGUGGAUUUCGCUUCUGUCCAAUCUUGGUGGAGCAUUCAGCUUGUGUCUUGGCAUUAGCGUUCUCUCCUUGUUUGAAGUGUUGUUUUUCUCUAUUUUUCGGUUGAGAAAAAGGUAUCAUAAACUAAAGCAGCGCCAGGAGCAGCAGAUCAAGCUUGUUGCUCCCUUCGCACGGUUGCAGAAAUUUUGAACUCAGGGAUUUGUUUUGUGACGGUCUUAAUACAAUGUUUUGUUUGUUUGUUUGUUAUUUUGCAAAUAAUGAUUCAACAGUUUUUGUUUAUGUUUUGAUUGUACUGGUAUUAACUUUUAUUUUGUGUUACAAUUUUCGUCGUGGUAAGAAAUUAUACCAGCAAAAUUCAUGCAUCGCACCAAUGCUACUAAUUUCACACUACACACUUUAUAUGAUGAGGUAGAAGUAUUUAUCAUUGCAUAUCGAUUAACAAUUCUUCUUGCUUGGAAAGAAACACAAACGAACAUAUUUGGUAGUGAUUGUUGUGUGGUGUUGUAAUUUUUAUUGUUGAAUAAUUUGUUUUACGUCUGUCAAAUAACUACAUGCUUUCACGUCACUAACAAACUAGUUUAAAAAAAAUUAUAAUCCUAAACUAAACGAUCGAUUUCCGGUACGGAAGUUUAAACUGUGAAAAUCAAAACAAGGACCAGUGAUGUGUACAACGGCUAGCUAGAAUAUCUUCGGCAGUUGCAAGCUCUCUGACCUUUUCCAUGGGACAUCAGCUAUCAAACACAUCCCCCUAUGGGUGUUUUAAUUUUGUGCUGCAAGGUGCACCAACAUGUUUUUAUUAUCGUCCAUUUGGUUCAGUUUCGAUUUUCAAUUUGUAGGGAUUUAUUAUUAUUUUUUUUUGCAAAUAGUUCUUUUUUUUCAUGCAUUUCGCAUACUAAAUCUAAUGAAGUACACCAAUUAAGAUUUCGGUUUUAGUUUUUUUGUUUUGCUUUUGGUUUCUGGUUGCCUACAGUAAUGAAUAGGUUUGGAUUUAAAUAAAUUAUCCAAAUCAGGAUACGCUUUUCUCACUAAUACGGCUCGUUAGUUUUUUUUUUCAUUUCUUCGCGUACAAAACUUCUCCUAACUUAUCGUUGCCGUCUUAAAUCGUCGUUGCAAUUAUUCUCUCAAAUCGCUCACUGGUAUCUUCAUACGAUCAAGACAUUAUUAGAACAAUGGAACAAUGGCCAGCAAAACACAAAAUUUUGUGCAAAAUUGAUCCAUUAUUCAUGCCACUGGCAGUGGGGCGAGGAUUGACACUUGAUGGUAGGUAUGUCGUCUACAGCAGCAUUGCUUCAAAACCCUUUUCACACAUUACCCUUACUGUGUUUGUUGUAAGGUGCCGUUUUUUAGAUUUCUUCACUCAGUUCUCUUCUUCACUCUUACGUAAAAUGUCGACAUUCAAGAUGCAAUAAAUAGUGAUGGGGUGUGAUCGGAUCCGUAUGCUGUU